UUUCCCAGAGCCGGCCAUGAAAGAUACUUGGCAUAAAAGCAAUCCACCAAAACACAGUCAUACAUUUUCUUUGCUCAAUGGGGCUUCGAAGCUUAAGCUUGAGCAUGUCAUGCUUAGUUCACAAUUUGCAUAUUCAUCUAAUACUCUUAUGUUGUUUGAGCAUUCUAAACUCUGGCUUUACUACUACCAUAUCCCGCUCCCGGCUAAUGGGGAACGAGACGGACCGACUUUCACUGUUGGCAAUCAAGGCCAAAAUAGUUGAUGAUCCACUCCAUGUUUUGAGCUCCUGGAAUGAUUCCAUCCACUUCUGCCAAUGGCAGGGCAUUAUCUGCGGCCGCAGGCAUCAGAGGGUCAUUGCCUUGGACUUACAGUCCCGGGAACUGGUGGGAUCAAUAUCACCACACCUUGGGAAUUUAAGCUUUCUGAGAGAAUUACAGCUUCAGAACAAUAGCUUUGGCAAUGAAAUUCCCCCCGACAUUGGCCGUUUGCCAAGGCUGAAGAUUUUGCUGCUGAACAACAACUCAGUUGGUGGCCGAAUUCCUGUCAAUUUAUCUCGUUGUGCUAACCUAAUUUCCUUGGAUUUUUCUUACAAUGGGCUGGUGGAAGAAGUUCCUGUGGAACUUGGAUCCUUGUCAAAGCUCAAGACAGUAAUUUUAAGCAACAACAAUCUUACAGGGAGUAUAUCUCCUUUCGCGAAUUUGUCAUCUCUUUUCAUAUUGUUUUUAGCCAACAACUACUUUGACGGAAGCAUUCCUGAUGGUUUUGGUCGAUUAAAGAAUCUUCAGGAGCUCGAACUCGGCAUCAACAGGUUGUCCGGCACCAUCCCUCCUUCGCUCUUCAACCACUCUUCUCUCACAGCGUUUGAUGUCACUAUUAACCAAAUCCAGGGAAGUCUUCCCUGGGACUUGGGCAUCACUCUUCCCAAUCUUGAAUUCUUCAACAUUGGUCAUAACCAUUUUACAGGAUCAAUUCCGGUUUCAAUAUCAAAUGCAUCUAAACUCCAUCAACUAUUUCUGCUUCAAAACAAACUUACUGGAAAGGUUCCUAAUUUAGAGAGGCUGCAAAACCUCCGGUGGCUAUGCAUUUGGGACAAUCAGCUUGGAUCUGGGGAAGCUGAUGACUUGAGCUUUAAGUUCUCUUUGAUCAAUGCUACCAAUUUACAGCGUUUGGAAGUGAGUAUGAACAAUUUUGGCGGCAAGUUGCCAGAAUACAUCGGUAAUCUCUCGAGAAACCUUGAAUAUUUGUUUGUAGACCACAAUCAGAUAUUCGGAAGCAUUCCACCCGGGAUUGCAAAUCUUGUUGGCUUGCAGAGUUUGCUUAUGCAGGUUAAUCAACUCACUGGUACUAUUCCAAGUGGGAUUGGAAAGCUUCAAAAUCUACACCUAUUGAAUCUCAUCAAAAAUUCAUUGUCUGGUAACAUUCCAUCUUCCCUAGGAAAUCUGAGUUUGUUAAUUGGACUUAUGUUAGAAAGUAAUAAUUUUCAGGGAAACAUUCCUCCGAGCCUAGGGAAUUGUAGAACCUUGCAAUUUUUGUUUCUUUCUCAAAACAACCUUAAUGGUACCAUACCAAAACAAGUUGUUUCUAUCUCAUCCUUAUCUAUGUAUCUAGACCUAUCCCAAAACCAAUUGAGUGGUUCUCUUCCCAUGGAAGUUGCAAAGUUGAUAAACCUUGGUUACUUGGAUGUCUCUAAGAACCUGUUAUCAGGUGAAAUUCCGAGCACUCUGAGUAGCUGCACAAGCCUGGAAACGCUACGUUUGGGGAACAACUUUUUCAACGGAACCAUUCCUUCUUCUUUGAGUUUCUUGAGAGGCCUUAGUGAGUUGGAUCUCGCGAAUAAUAGCUUGUCUGGUGAAAUUCCAGCGUACUUGGAGAGCUUUAUUUUGUUGCAAAAUUUGAAUCUGUCUUUUAAUAAUUUUGAAGGUGUAGUACCAACACAAGGUGUAUUCAGUAAUGCAAGUGCAAUAUCAGUGGUGGGAAACAGUAAGCUCUGUGGGGGUGUAGUUGAAUUGAAGCUACCUAAAUGCAACUUCCAAGUGGAUGAAAAGAGGAGAUCAAACAGUGCCUUAACUUUAGCACUGUCUAUACCCUUUGGGCUUGUAGGACUAGCUCUUCUGGGCUAUGUUCUGUAUCUUUUCCGGUUUAGAAAGAGAAGAAAAGAUAUUCCUUCAGAUUCAAUAAAAAAUUCACUCUUGAGGGUGUCUUACCAAACUCUUGUUAAAGCCACUGAUGGCUUCUCAUCAUUCAAUUUAAUCGGUGUUGGUAGUUUCGGGUCUGUGUACAAAGGAGUUAUUGAUGGAAGAAUUGUCGCUAUAAAAGUACUCAACCUUUUGAGACAUGGAGCUUCGAAGAGUUUUGUAUCCGAAUGUGAGGCCCUAAGAAACAUCAGACAUCGGAAUCUUGUCAAGGUGCUAACGGCAUGUUCGACGGUAGAUUAUCAGGGUCAUGACUUCAAGGCCUUGGUUUAUGAAUUCAUGGUCAAUGGGAGCCUCGAGGAGUGGUUACAUCCAACUUGUAAUGAAGAUUUGUCAAAUGAAGAGUUUAGGAAGUUAAAUCUUUUUCAAAGACUAAAUAUUGUCAUUGAUAUUGUUUGUGCACUAAAUUAUCUUCAUAACCAUGGUCAAACACCAAUAAUUCACUGCGAUCUUAAGCCAAGCAACAUUCUUCUGGACAAAGAUAUGACUGGGCAUGUUGGUGAUUUUGGGAUAGUGAAAUUCCUUGCAGACCAUGCCACCCAUGACUUGUCUGCAAAUGAAACAAGCUCUAUUGGCAUAAGGGGAACAAUAGGUUAUGUUGCUCCAGAGUAUGCUAUGGGAAGUGAGGUCUCAACAUAUGGUGAUAUCUAUAGUUUUGGCAUUCUCGUGUUAGAAAUGUUUACUGGGAAGAGACCCACCAAUGAAAUGUUUAAAGAUGGUUUAAGCCUCCAUAGCUUUGUAAAUAAGGCUUUGCCUGACAGUGUAUUGAAGAUUUCAGACCCAAUACUUUUGCAGACCAAAGAAGAAGAAGAAACUUUCAUACGGAGUGAAAAGAUUGUGGAGUGCUUGAGUUGGAUACUUGAAAUUGGAGUCAAUUGUUCUUCAGAACUGCCUAGAGAAAGAAUGUGCAUUAAUGAUGUUUUAGCUAAAUUGCAUUUCAUCAAAGACACUCUUUUAGGAUCUGAAAUAAGUUGAAAGAGAUGGAUUUAUGAGGUAAUAGCCUUACUUCCACAUUGUUUGAGCCAACUCUACAUUUGGUACAUUUAGUGAAAAGUAAUGUUACCUAUUCAAAAAAAUUGUGAGCAUUUGAGAUGUGUUGAUCUGAUUGAUUUUGGUUGUGAUUCAUAUUACACCGAGUUUAAAUCUACAUUACAAGUUCAAAAUUUAUAUAUGUUCUUAAUAUUUUUUCUUAAUGUAUAACAUCAA